AUGGCGAGUAAGGUGCCUCACGCCGCCUUCUGCGAGGAGUGGGACGAGGACAAGCACGAUGUCAUCCCCGAGACCCGUCGCGUCGCCAACAUCACGGCCAGGCGCUCCAGGCCCGAUCUCAAAGCCGCCGUUACGGGGCUCAUUGGUCGAGGAACGGACUCUGCGUUCUCCAGUCGCACUGCUGCCGCACCCAAUCCUGCCCAAUCUGCCCCGUCGGGCCGGACAAGCCCCGUCCUUCAUAAACUCGACACCACGCUCAAGGCCAGCGCCCGCUCCAAGGAUCUCGUCCUCGACCAGCCACGACCCCCGACACUGAAAACCUCUUCUGCCGCCCGCAAGGAUCGUGUCAAGGACCGGUCCGCCCGUCCGGCGCGCCAGGAUAAAAUGCAGGUCGGAACCUAUCCUGCCUCCGGUCAUCUCCCACCGCCGCCCCCCUUGCAGUCACCGGCCUCUGCCUCCAGAUCCAGAAGACGUGAACGCGAAACGGCCUAUGUACGACACUAUCCAGGUACCUGCUGGGAAUGCGAGCAGGGUCUCUACCACGCCUCAACGCCCGUCGAAACCCUUGCCGUCGACUACCCCUACCACGCUUCUCCGCAACAGCCGACUCCUGUCCACGAGUUCCCUCCUCCCCCGUCUCCCUCGACUCCUCGCUAUCCUCAGGCCGUCAUCGAAGAUAUCAACGUAUCCCGCAGCAGCCGUCCACGUCGAUCCAGUCGCUCCAGUUCGUACUACGCCGAUCAACGCCCCGUGAGUUUCCACGGCAUGAUGCCCGGCAUGGGCAGCAUGGUCUACGGCGUGCCUCCCAUGAACCACUAUGAGCAUGGCCCCCCUCCGUCGUCGUCGGCUUACACCAACCCUCCGUCGCCCUAUGUCAUGCCUGCUCAAUACGCCUAUCCUCAGUCCCGCCACUACCGGCCCGACUACGUGGAGCAGCCCCGUGAGCACUCGGCGUCGCGGACGCGACAACGGAGAUCAUCCGCUUACGGACCCCCUAUGCUCGAGCACGACCCUUCUCCAGCCAUCGAGGAUGAUGAGGAACCGCUGCAGCGACGGGCUUCCCGCGAACCCAGGGCCGCCAGGGCCCGUCGUCCCUCUCGUUCGUCGCACUACGAAGUCGACGAGGAUUAUUAUCGCAUGCCACCGCCGUCACGCCCGACUUCCCGGAAGGAGAAUCCCGCACCACGCAUCAUCCAGAAGCGACCGGAUCUGCCCCAUAAAUCGCAGACGUCUACGCCCAUCCCCCGUGAGCGCAGUUCGUCCAAGACUUUCGACCUCUCCGAGAUGGAUGCCGCUUUGCCAGACCACAGGGUUCGACGACUGGCACGCGAGGCCGUGCUACCGGAACGCAGCCGCAGUACGAACGAGAGCAGACGGUCCACCGCCUACUAUGGAUCUCCCCGAGCGUCCAGGAUGACCGUGGAAAAUCCCCGCCGCCGGCGUCGGCCACAGGUAUACUAUAACUACUCUGGCUCGUCCGACAUGGAUGAAAAGCAACGCGAGGCAGAAGAAUACCAGGCCGUCCGGUCUGGCAGGCCCAUGCCUCUUACCACGGAUGCCCUGGUGAAUGCCAAGGCCACGCACGCAAUCGAGAGCGAUAGUGGGAGUCAGAAGAGCCGUUCCAGCCGCGGCAGCGACGCUCGUACCCAAAGCGGCAGUGCAGCCGGUUCUAAGGCGGACGAUGAAAACAACAUCGUGAUGACUAUGAACGGUGUGACCAUGAGCUUCACUCAGGAAGCCGUGGGCGGCAAGACGAUCAGCGUUCGCACGGGCGAUGCCGGUGCCGUGGAACUGAAUUUUGAGGGCAAGCGACCGAAGAAGUACCUGCCCUCUCGCUCUGAUUACAGCGGCGGCAGCGAAGCGAGACGUUCCCGGGAUGAUCGACGGUCUGACCGUGCCAGCAGACGUUCCAGCCGAUCAACCUAUGGAUCCAGGGGAUUUUACGAAUGA